UGGCCACCGAAGGCCCAGGAAAGCAACACAAAUGAGAGCAGGCACGGCGGGGGCCAGCAGAACCUGCCUCGAUCCGUGGGAAAGGAGUCAACGUAGCAGAGGAGAAAGCAGAGAGAGAUGGAGGACAGGAGGAAGAAGAAUCCACACCCUGCUCCUCCCUUCACUGAAGCAAGGUAGCGCUGUUCGACUCUUGGAUUCAUCCCCAAGUAUUCCUUCCCCAUCCCUUCCUUCUUCCCCAUCCGCUUCUUCUUCCCCACGCUAUAAACCAUUAAAAUAUUCGGCCCUAUUCACCCUAUGCGGCGCCUCCUCCCCCGUCGUCGUCGUAGAGGGAGAUUAUAACAGCGGAAGAAAUGGAUGAUUACCAUGGGAAACUCCUCUUCAGGGCUCUCCUCAUCGUCUUCUUAUUGGGAGCAGAGGCGGCGGAGGGGGCGAGAGUGUUCACCAUAAUCAACUACUGCAAGACGACGAUAUGGCCGGGGAUCACGCCGGGGAACAGCUUUAACGGCGGCGGGUUCCCACUGAAGCCCGGGGAAUCGGUGGUGUUCACGGCGCCGGUGGGAUGGUCGGGACGCAUCUGGGGGCGAACCGGGUGCGACUUCGACCGCGACGGGAACGGCUCGUGCCAGACCGGCGCCUGCGGCUCCGUCCUCAAGUGCUCCGCCUCCGGCCAGACCCCCGCCACCCUGGCCGAGUUCACCCUCGCCCCCUUGGACUUCUACGACGUCAGCCUCGUCGACGGCUUCAACCUGCCCAUCACGGUGACGCCGGUCAACGGGCAGGGUGGCAACUGCAGCUCCGCCGGCUGCGACGGCGACCUGCGCGACAACUGCCCCUCGGAGCUGGCCGUCAAGUUCGACGGCAAAACGGUGGCCUGCCGGAGCGCGUGCGACGUGUUCAACACCGACCAGUACUGCUGCCGCGGCGUGUUCGGCAACUCGGUGAUCUGCCAGCCGACGUACUACUCCAAGAUCUUCAAGCAAGCCUGCCCCGGCGCCUAUAGCUACGCCUACGACGAUCCCACCAGCAUCUUUACCUGCGUCGGCGGCGAUUACAUCGUCAGCUUCUGCACCAAAAGCCGGAAGCAGAGGGUGUGCACCUACCACAUCAACAAGCUGAUAUGCAGCGGAUCACCCGGACGAGGAGCAUCGUCGACAGGGAAAUGGCUGGCUGUGCUGCUCUUAGGAUUGGCGAGCAUGUGGUCGUCAUCGUGGCUGUGACACCACUGAAUUCUUUUCGUUCUUAUCUUUGGGAAAAGUCGGUGAGGAUGCCUCAAGAACAGGAUCCUCUGCUGUAAAGUUUAGAUUUUAUUCAUUUGGGUGGGCGAUGGUACUCCAAUCAUAUAUAUAUAUAUCUAUAUAUAUUCUUUCCACGAAUCAAGAAUGAUGCUGCUGCUGCUGCUUUUUCUC